UUGGGCACUAGCUAUGGCAGUUGAGCAAGUUGGAACCUUGAAUCCUCAGUUCUUGAGUAGGAACACCACCAACAAAUUAACUGAUCUUUCCAGCCUUGGAUACUCAACAAUUGGUCCCCAACUUCUCCAAACUAUCUUGAGCACUACAUUUAAAGGAUUGACUGGUGAUUUCAAUCUGAUUAAUGGGCAGUUGCAAUCUUCUGCUUUUCAAAUAUUCAACAUUAUUAGAGAAGAGGAGAGAGUGAUUGGAUAUUGGACCCCAAUGAAAGGAAUUUCAAGGCAGUUAAACACAAAAAAUAAGUUGACUUCUAUGAGUAAUCUAAAAGCUAUUUUAUGGCCAGGUGACUCAAUAAAUAAGCCAAAGGGUUGGGAUAUACUGACAAAUGGUAAAGAGUACUUAAAAGUUUUGGUGCCAAAUAAGCAUAUAUAUGGGUUCAGUCAAUAUUUGAGCAUUGAACGAGAUCCCAUUACUAAGAAGGCAACCAAUUUCACUGGGUUCUGUAUAGAAUUAUUUGGUAAUUUAACAAGUAGGCUACCCUUUGGUCUCCCCUAUCAAUAUCAAGCUUACCCGUUGGAUGGAAAAUCUAUUCACAACUAUGGUGAAAUGAUUGACGAAGUUUACUAUAUGAACUUCGAUGCAGUAGUGGGGGAUAUAUCAAUUUUGGCAAAUCGAUCAAAUUAUGUAGAUUUUACAAUGCCAUAUACAGAAUUUGGGGUGACAAUGGUGGUGGCAAUGAAAGAUAAUUUGGAGAAAGAAUUCUGGAUGUUCGUAAAGCCUUUAAGCCUAGGUGUUUGGCUGGUAACUUUUGCAGGUUUCGUUUACAUAGGGGUGGUUGUGUGGAUUCUUGAACAUCCUACAAAUACUGAGUUUGGGGCCUCACAUCGAGAACGAAUUGAAAAAAGCAUCUGGUACUCCUUCUCAACGCUCGUAUUUUCCCAACGAGGGAGCAUUGAGAACAACUUAACAAGGGCUGUAUUGAUAACAUGGGUGUUCUUUGUGCUCAUAUUAACACAAUGUUACACUGCAAGCCUCUCAUCUAAGUUAACAGUACAACAAUUGCAGCCAACAAUCACUGAUUUAAACGACAUAAAGAAUAAUGGAUAUUAUGUGGGACACCAAUAUGGUUCAUUUGUGAAAGACUUCCUGAUCGACCAUUUGCAUUUGGACAAGUCCAAGGUCAAGAGUUAUAAAACUCCAGAUGAAUAUCAUUAUGCUUUGUCUAAUGGAACAGAUAAUGGAGGAGUUGCUGCCAUUUUUGAUGAACUUCCUUAUGUCCAAGUCUUCCUCAAUAUGUAUUGUAAUAGAUACACUACAGUUGGACGCACCUACUCGUCUGAAGGAUUUGGCUUUGUCUUCCCUAAAGGUUCUCCUUUAGUGUCUUAUAUGUCAAGGGCAAUUGUAAAUAUUACUGAUGAUGGGACAUUAGACAAAAUUAAGCAAAGGUGGUUACAAAAUCAAACAAAUUGCAACAACAAUGCAGAUGUUUCUUCAACAUCAACCAACCAGCUCACCCUUCGAAGCCCUGGAGGUCUCUUCCUCAUCAUAGGAGUCAUUUCAGGCCUUUCACUGUUAAUACACUUAUUCCUAUUUGUGUAUGGGAGUUGGCAUGUACAAACCACUAGAAUGUUUCUAAGAUCAUCUUGGAGAAAUGUUAGACAUAUGAUCAUUUAUAUCACAAAUUCUCUCAGGAGGAGGUACCAUGUAACUGAAGUUGGACCCAUGGAAAGUCAACCUACAGUUACUAGGGACAUAGAAGAAGGCACUGUUAAAGAAGAAUUUGGAUCCAUGGAACUUCAACAAAGGGGUGCCAAGCACAGGGAAGAACCCAUUGUUGAAGAAUGCAUUGUUGAAGGAGGAGGCAUUGUUGAAGAAGAAAACACUGUUGAAGGACUAUCAAGGCGGUGCUUGAAAGUAAACAUCGAUGGCACCGACUACGACCACUAUCCAAGACUUCCUAUUACCAACAAUGUAGCAAGAUGGACAAGCAUCCGCCCAUGGAAAUAUUGUCAAGAAUGUAUAACUCCUCUAUGGAAAAACAAAAAUGAAACUACCUAUUAAAGGAAUCGAUACUUCAUGUAAUUUGCAUCCCAGUUCAAGUAGUUGUACCCCAAUAGAUUGUAAAUCAAUUCUUCUAUUGUAGUUGUUUAAGUUUUUCAAGAAAUAUUUUUCCA